AUGACUGGCAGCUGCGUGAAUUACGGCUUUGUGUAUCAUUCGCGACUUUCAUCAACCAGCAUUAAAGACUAUUCCAACUGGCCCACCAUCCCGCAAGUGUACCUCAAUGGCGAGUUUGUGGGGGGUUGUGACAUUCUUCUGCAGAUGCACCAGAAUGGGGACCUGGUGGAAGAACUCAAAAAGCUGGGGAUCCACUCCACCCUUUUAGAUGAAAAGAAAGACCAAGACUCCAAGUGAGGGCACCCGGGUCCUCACUGUGCAGAGAGGGAGCCGAUGACGUCAGAGAUGCACUGCCGGAAAAGCCUUACUGAUUUGGGGCUCACUAUUAAAAAAGGCAACUGCUUGCACUGACUCUUUUGGUUGUUAGCAGUCGGUGAUUUUAGUUUGUCUGGUGUUUGGGCUAAGAAUAUUCUAUUGUGAUCUUAAUUGCAACCACUGCACUGUAAUAAUUCGAUGUUGUAUAAUGAUAUUGCUGUAAGAAAAAUUUGUUCUUAUAUUGUCAUUCUUUGCCUGAUUCAGGAGUUAAAUAGGAGCUUUUGAAUCAUUAUUAUUCAUGACUCCCAUGCAAAUGUGUCAGUCUGCAAAGAUAAUAUAGCCCCCUAAUUUUUUGUAACUUUUUCUGUUAAAGAAAAUGAUGAGCAAAGAAGAAAAUGUGACAACUGGGGUGUUGUUUUUUAAAAUAAACUGCCAACAAAGGGAUACACGGAUGCAUGAGUUGUUAAUUUUGAAGAGCAUACAUCCGUAAGAAAUUUUAGUGCCUCUGUGACCUUUUGUUUUUGGGAAUUAAGAGUGAUUCUCUUUCCACUGAAUGUUUGUGUAAAAAAACAAAAAAAGAGUGGUUCUCAUACUCUUCUAUUAAAUUUGCUACAAGAAUU